AUGAAAGUUACAAGGUUUGUGCAGUUCAACCUCGGAGAAGGUUUGGAAAAGAAAAGCCAGGAUUUUGCUGCAGAAGUCGCCACACAAAUUGUAGCAAAACCGGUCAUUAGUCCGGUGAAAGAGGAACCUGCUGCUGUCGAAGCCAAGGAGACUGGAAUAAGUGAGAAAUUCAAGAAGUUGGUUGAUGAUCUUGCAAUGCAAGUUGCUGCUUGUCCACAGGUUCAGUUUGUAUCUAUUGAAGAUAUUCCCGAAACUAUUGUGACGAAGGAAAAAGAUCUUGAGAUGCAAAGAGAAGACCUUGCUUUGAAACCCGAGAACAUUAGAGAGAAAAUUGUCUGA